AUGGACAUCGUGCUCGAACUCACCGACACCUUCAUCGCCGACUACGCCUACGCGUAUCUGUUUCCCUCGCGCCCUACCCCUUACGAUUUCCCCCGCGCCACCGCCGUCAAUGCCUCAGGGCAGACCUUCUCGUCCUGGACAUAUAGGCCCGCCACCAAGUUCAUCCAGGUCCAGCCAUCACAGGCCGCCUACAUGACAUCGCUUCCCCGCGACCACCCAUAUCGUCAGCUUACGACGCUCUUCCUCAUUACCUGGAUCUUCGGCAUCAUCGUCUACUUCCUCUUCGCCACCCUCUCCUACUGGCUCAUUUUUGACAAGCGCACUCUGCACCACCCCAAGUUCAUCAAGAACCAAAUAUGGCUUGAGAUCAAGCAGGCAAACAAGUCGAUGCCCCUGAUGGCCGUCUGCACAGCCCCUCUCUUCCUCCUCGAGGUUCGCGGGUAUGGGAAGCUCUAUGACGCCACCGAUGAAGGGCCCGGACUGUGGUACAACAUCAUGCAGUUCCCCCUCUUCCUGCUCUUUACCGACUUUUGCAUUUACUGGAUCCAUCGCUACCUCCACCACCCUCUCAUCUACAAGCGCCUCCACAAGCCUCACCACAAGUGGAUCAUGCCGACUCCUUAUGCUAGCCAUGCCUUUCACCCCCUCGACGGCUUCGCUCAGUCGAUUCCCUAUCACAUCUUCCCCUUCAUCUUCCCGCUCCAGAAGACGGCCUACGUGGUGCUCUUCGUUUUUGUCAAUUUUUGGUCAAUUCUCAUCCAUGACGGGGAAUAUCUCACAAACAACCCUGUCGUCAACGGUGCCGCCUGCCACUCGCUUCAUCACUCUCGCUUUGAGGUCAACUAUGGCCAGUUCUUCACCGCCUUUGACCGUCUCGGCGGCACCUACAAAAUGCCCGAGGCUUGGAUGUUUGAAAAGGAGAAGAAGAUGUCGGAGAAGCAGUGGAAGAAGGAAUCCCAAACAGUGGAUGAGUUCGUCAAGGAGAUCGAAGGCGACGACGAGCGUGCCUAUGGGCCUGCUCUGGCCGCUAAGAAAUUGAAGUAG